GUUACCAUCAUGGCGGCGGACGGAGAGCAACGUGCGGCUUGUGAAGUGUCCCAGGCCCUGGCCCGGCACCUCAACUGCCUGAACGACGACAAUAAGAGCACCAGGAGGAGGGCCCUGACCUCCAUACAGAGGGAGGCCGAGGACAAGCGCCUGUCCAGCGGGGCCCUGCAGGAAGUCUUCGGGGAGCUGCUGAAGCCGCUGCUCCGGUGCCUGUCAGACCCUAUGGAGAAGUGCAGGGAGAUAGCCAUUCAGGUCCUCACCCACUGUGUCACCAACGUCCCCAGACCCGAGGAAGCGCUGCCCUACCUGGUGCCAGCCCUCGCCCAGCGCCUGGGGAGCCCUGAGGUGGUGGAGCCCUCCGAGGAGCUGAGGCUGGCCCUCACCCAGCUGCUGAGCCUCCUGGUGGAGGUGUGCGGCAGGAAGCUGGGCCCCUACCUGGACGACAUGGUCAGGAUCCUGCACAGGACCAUACUGGAUCCCUUCCCUGAUGUCAAGAAGGAAAGCUGCAAGUGUGCUGCCAACUAUGCCAGGGGCAUCCCAGGACAUUUUCACAUACAGUCUGAAUCUCUCAUUAAACCACUGAUGCAGACGAUAUCUCACCAGCACUCUAAAGUGCGUGCAGCCGUCAUCCAGACAACGGGCGCUGUUAUACAGUACGGCAAUGGCAAGUCUGUGGAUGAUGUCCUCUCUCAUCUAGCCCAGAGACUAUUCGAUGACGCACCUCAGGUUCGUCUUGCAGUUACCAUUGUAGUGGGGAACUGGCUUUUGGAGCUGAGGGACAGAUAUUCCUAUUUCCAUAAACUAAUACCUCUUCUGCUGAGCAGCGGCACAGAUGAGAUUCCUGACAUCAAACAAACUGCCCUGGAUUAUUGGCAGAAAAUUGGUUUACAGUGGGAAACUGAAAAUGAAGAUGAUCUGAAAGAUAAGAUGGACUUCAGCACAGCGUGUCCUGCCUUUUAUCCGCCUGAAGUGCAGAGACCUUGCUUGGGAUGUCGCGAGCUAAUAUUCAGAAAUCUCUCGAAAAUUCUCCCUGCUGUUAGCCGCGACAUAACCGACUGGGUAGCGGGUACCCGGGUUAAAGCUGCGCAGCUCCUCGUGGUCUUGUUGCUUCAUGCAGAAGACCAUACUACUCAGCACAUGGAGCUGCUUCUGAGCACCUUAUACCGGUCGUGUCUGGACGAAGAGGAGAAAGUCGUCCUCAAUAGUAUAAAAUCUGCCGAAUUAAUCGGCACCUUCGUCAAUCCCGAGGUCUUCCUCAAGCUGAUUUUGCCGGCUCUCGAGAAGUCCCCCAUAUCUUCGCACCUCACGGUUUUAGCAGCGUUUAUCCGGGGAAGUUCCUGCGAGGUGCUGAGGCCGCAUUUGCAUCGUAUAGCUGACGUCAUUUCCAAGGCUGAGAUCUGCCAGGGCUCUGAAAAGGUGCUGUACUCGGAGCAGCUCCUGUGCUGCGUACAGUCCAUGAUCGGUAUGGGCCAGCAGUACUGCGCAGACAUCAGCCUGCCGUGUAUGAAAGUCCUGAUAACUGUACUCUCCAGCCCUGCCUCUGAAACCCUGUAUGACGAGGUUCAGGGUGUGAUGCUGUCCCUAGCAGAGGCACAAGGUGUGAGCGGACUCCAAGGGCUGUACAGACAGCACAUGCAAGAGCUGAUGCAGUGGGCAUCCAAGGGUCACUAUCACUGGACCAGCUAUUCCAGAGAGCGGGCACAGUUUGAGGUCCUCAUUUCGGAAUCUGGCCCUGUGAUUGGAGAACAUCUCAAUCUCCUAAUACCGGUUUUGAAGACCUGCCUCCAACAAGACAAAGAACCACAGAUGAGACUGAAACUCUUCACCAUGUUGUCCAAACUCCUGCUGAAAGCCAGCGAGAGCGUCAACUCCAAAGGGCAGUUCCAUCUUUACUGUGAAACUCUCAUUCGGGACAUACUGGUUCCCAACCUGAAGUGGCAAGCUGGGAGGACGGCAGGCGCCAUCCGGACCAUAGCGGUGUCCUGCCUCUGGGUUCUGUUACAGAGCGAGGUCCUUUCACAGGAAGAGGUUCUCCAGGUACAGGAUGUUCUGAUGCCCCAGGUUCUUGCCACUCUGGAAGAAGAUUCAAAGACGAGCCGGCUUGUCUCAUGUCGGAUCAUCAAGGCUCUGCUGGGAAUCUGCAGACAGCACUUGGAUCCGGAUAAAUUGAACACUAUUUACCCUGAACUGUUAAAACGUCUCGAUGACGCUUCCGAUGAAGUGCGAAUCACAGCCGCUAAAACUCUGAGUCUGUGGUUUAGUUUAAUUGAUGAGCGCUAUGAGAUGACGACCUAUCGGGGGCAUCUGGAGUUCCUCUACCGCUGUCUCCUUGUACAUCUUGAUGACACUGAUACUGCGCUUCAAGCUACAGUACUAGAUGUUCUAAAGGAAGCGAGUGCCGCGUACCCAUCCGUGUUGGUGCAAGAAAUUGAAGCUGUGAAGCAUAAGCACAGGACCCCCGUCUACUGCGAUCAACUCCUUCAGCACAUCCAGAUGAAUCAAGACAAUGCGUCAACGUAAUUGCCAUUUUCCCCCAAUUUUAUGUGUCAAGAAUAUUCAUUUAUGUAUGUAUUUAUUUUACAUGGCCAAGAAAUAUUUUAAUGAAAAAAAUAAUAAUUAUUUUAUGCUGUGAAUAUCUGAAGUGCCUUGCUGUAAACUUUACAGGAUUACAUUUCCCUAUCCAAAAUCAUAGGAACCUACAUGUCUGAGCUGAGAAAAUGUAGGAUUGUGUUAAAUGCCAUUUGUGGUUUACCAACUGAAUAAAUCUUCCUAAUGGUUUUGCAUUUUAA